AACGGCAUAGAAAUUCAACAAGAAGUGCCGUCACCCAACAUCGCUUAGAACACCUUUAUGUAACUUUUCAUUUAGGGUUGAUUUAAAUAUGUUUGCCAAAAGUCAAAUAUAUUUUUCUAGAUUUUGUAGACUAAAGUUGAAUAAGCAGAGAGUUUUAAUUGAGUCAGUAACUGUCUUCUCUUUACUGUUACUGAUGAUACAAUGCAGUCUGUUAAUAAAUGUUUUAAAACUGCAUUCAUUGUAUGUUUUUGGUACCGAAAAUAAGUUUCUACAUAGACUUUCUGGCACAGACAUAGUAUAAAUAUGAACCCUUUUUGUAAAAUAGAGAAUGUUCUGUCAGAUAGGAACUAAAAAUUCUCGGUUCUUGGGCCUCUUCUAAAGGUUCAGAAAGUCAAGGAACUCAAAAGCUGAAAGAGAGAUGGUGAUAUGCUCCUCCUACAAACAUUAAGGAACUUGCAAAAGAGAGACUUUGAGGAAGUAACACAUCUCUCAUCACAGGAAGUAGAUUCUUUAUUUUUAACAUGCAUCAGUUCAGAGUCUCUGACAGUUGACAGCUGAGAAAGGGACAGAAAGGGAGAGAAGCACGAUGGCUGAAUUCAAAUGGAUUAAAAUGUCUUUAUUUGGGAUACUGCUUCAGUUUACAGCGGUUACUGGACAACACCUCUCCACUGUCAGAGAUGGCGAUGAUGUCACUUUGACUUGUGAAAAUGUGGUAGAUGGUCAGGUUAACUGUGACAGGACUAACUGGGUCUUCAGAGGUUCAAGAAGUGAGGAUGUAGAUCUGGUUACUCGUGGGAAGAUUGUUGAAAGAGACAAAGCUAAAUCAGACAGACUGAGUGUUAGAGAGACAUGCUCUCUGGUUAUAAAGAAGGUCACAGUUCAGGAUGUUGGUCUUUACCACUGUCAACAGCUCAAACCAGGACAAGAAGUUGCAGACACUCAGAUUGAACUAUCUGUUAUUAACAUGGAGGAAUAUGAAGAUGGUGGGCGGGUGGAGCUGUCCUGCUCUGUGUCGACACGUGAAGUGUGUAGACACACAGUGAAGUGGCUGUAUGAGGGGAAAGAUGCAGAUGGAGAUAUAAGAUCCACGGAUAUGCAGACUUCACAGUCUAAGUGCUCAGUUACUGGGACUUUUUUUAUUUCUAAUCUCAAGCAGAAGUAUCAAGAGUUGUUCAAGUGUGAACUGACAGAUGGUUACACUGGAAAAGUGCAGCUGUUUCCCUUCAUCCCUCAGUCCUCAGGUAAGAAACCAGGGGAGGAUGAAACAACAUCAACCACGAUGAGAACAAUUGAAAACGGCAGAAAAUCCAGAAUCACCUCAACAACGCCUGCUGUCAGUGUUACUUCAACUUCACCACAAGAUUGGCGGCCGUACCUCAUUGCGGUCAUAGGUUUAGUGGCUCUCGUAAUCAUCACUGUGGCUGUCAUCAGACGGAAGAUGACUAAAGGGGAGAAACGACGGAUGGAUGACAACACGGGACAGAGCUUAAACUCGGCGGUGACUCAGCCCGGUCCAGAAACCAGUCAGGACACGGCUGAUCCUGAAGAUGGUGUUUCCUACGCCUCCAUCAGCUACACCAAGAAGACCAACAGCAGAGCCCAGGUACGGGUUAGAAAUGAUGAUGAGGAUGAUGAAGGUGAUUCAGUGACCUACAGCUCUGUGAAAGCUUCCUCCUCUCCUGCCGGAGCCUCUGCUGAUCCCAGCACCCUCUACGCCGCCGUUAACGAAGCAAACAAAUAAGAGACCACAGCACCCGAGACAUUUUAAAGCUUUGGAUAUUCAUGAUGGAAGCUCUGACUGUUGACCACGAUUAGAACUAAACUCUGAUCGUUCUAACUGCUGAACAUGAUUCUGUUGUCCUCUAUUCUCUGUUGUGUUGUUGUUGUUUUUAAAUCGUGCUUUGUAUUUUCUGUGAAAAUAUUUUGUUAACAGAAGGUAAUGCUUACACCAGCUCACUUUAGCAAAUAAACAUUGAGCCAAACAGCUAAAUCUCUCACAAAAAUUACGCAGAUGCCCCAAAUUCCAUCCAGUUAAACACAACUAAAAGAGGGAAUAAUUGAUGUAAAGUCAAUUGUCACAGUUCGGCCCAGAAUCCCCUCUUCUUAGCCUGUGACCUGUCAUGCCUCUGCUGUUCUUGGACUCCGAUCCGGGUUUUCCCUCUAUCCUCCCGGUUGACUACAAGGGAGUUGCCAAUCAUCAGCGCGUGCACUGCCACACCUGUUGCCACUCUCCUCGUCAGCCAUAGUUGUUUUAAGCAGUGCCAGGAGGAACACUCUUUGCCAGAUUGUUAUGUCUUUCAGUGUGAAUUCUAGUGUUUGGGCUUGUUCUAUUGGCGUUACCGUUUUUUUUUUUUACCUAAGUAGUUUAUUGGACUUUCCUUCCUUUUUCCCUGCCUACCUGUGUACUGAACUCUGCCUGUUUUUGCCACCUUGGUUAUCUGACUAAACCCUGCCUGUAGUACUGCCUGUGUUUUGGCCUGCCAAACUGUGUACCAAACUCUGCCUGUUUUUGCCAAUUUGGAUAUUUGACUGAGCCCUGCCUGAUACCUCUGCCGUGUUUUUUGACCUUUUUGAGUUCACGCUGCCUACCAAGUUGCUCUGCCUUGCUGCCUAUUCCUGUGUGUUCUUAAUUAAAACCUACAUAAUCUA